CACGCCCCAUAUCGGGCAACCCCCUAUCUUGGGACACCCUGCACCUACGGCAAGCAGGCAGGAGGUCAGGCGCGGUAAUUUCCGUUUCCGGUGGGCAAAGGGCAAGCGGAAUGUAAACACGGGACCCGGGGAGUGGUCAUCAGAAUGGCUUCCUUUGGAUGGAAAAGGAAGAUUGGUGAGAAGGUCUCAAAGGUCACUUCCCAGCAGUUUGAAGCUGAAGCUGCUGAUGAGAAGGAUGCAGUUGAGAAUGAUGAAGGGAACUGGCUUCAUGCCGUUAAACGGAGGAAAGAAAUUCUCCUUCAAGGCUGUGCUGAGAAGAGUAAACAGCUGAAGGACGAAGGAGCCACUUUGGCUGAAAAUAAAAGAUACCGAGAGGCGAUUCAGAAGUGGGAUGAAGCACUACAGUUAACCCCAAAUGAUGCUACCCUGUAUGAGAUGAAAUCACAGGUCCUAAUGUCUCUUCAUGAAACGUUCCCAGCAGUUCAUGCUGCGGAAAUGGCUGUCCAGAGAAAUCCACAUUCAUGGGAAUCUUGGCAAACUUUGGGACGUGCUCAGCUUGGAUUAGGAGAGAUAGUCUUGGCAAUUCGAAGUUUUCAAGUAGCCCUUCACAUCUAUCCAAUGAACCCUGAAAUAUGGAAAGAAGACCUUUCUUGGGCAAGAACGCUCCAGGAGCAGCAGAAGGUAGCACAGAGGAUUAAAAAAAGUGAAGCACCAGCAGAGGUAACACAUUUCUCACCAAAGUCAAUUCCUGAGUAUGACUUUGAAAGUGAGGAGAUUGUAGCUGUUUGUGCAGCUAUUGCUGAAAAACAGAAGACAGUUGCAGCAGAUAAAACAAUGGUUAUUGUGUCGGCUUCUGGGACUGUAGAGACUGUGACUGAGAAGGAAGACGGUGCUGCUCCACCAGAUGGCUCUGUUUUUAUCAAAGCCCGAUAAAGCUUAGCAGGAAUCAUUUGAAUCUAUCUUUGCCACCUAAAUUUUAGCCGUUGGGGCAUUUAGAGAAACAGGGCAAAACUCCUGUUUGUAAAAUAAGUUUUUCAGAUGAGGCAUAUGAAAACUAAAUGGAAGAAUUAUUGUGUAGUGUUUGGACUCUGCUUUGAUAAGCUAUGAUUUCAGCUUCUUAAGAUUAAAAUUCUGAGUACAGUGGUUUUUUGAUUAAUAAGCUUAAUUUAAUCCAAAUAUAUAAGUGAAUGCAUUUUAAAGAUACAACUUGAAAAGUAAAUUCUCAAAUAGUGAAUAACUUGAUGGCCAGUGUUAUUAAAAUAUUGACUUGUUGGCUUUUAUGAUAAAGGAAGUAGGCUUCUUGCCCUGCUAGAAAUACCCUGCUGUUACUGUUCACUCUUCUUUUUCUCUUCUUUCAUUAGAGUAAGUCUGUCACAAAGCUUGAAUGUUUUUGACAUUCAUUUUGAUUCAAAGUUGUCAUUUGGUUAUGUGUGGGAUCCUUGAAAGUUUGACUGAAAAUGCAUGCAAAUGUGUACAUUCUGAAUAUUUUCUGAAGUUUCUCUUAAUUCUGAUUUGUGCUUUUGUUUUGACUUUAUAAUUAUUUAUAACAGUGGUAGUUGCUAGUUUCAGUAUUUGUUAGAUGUGUGAAAUACUGAUAAAUGUCAGAAUCAUGGUUUUAUUUUUUAAAUUAUUAAAGUAGAUAGAGUAGUCCUUAGUACCAAGUGAGUCAUUUUUAAGAUGUGCAUUUUUUAAAACGAAUGGCUCUUAUAGAUACAUCAUAACAAAUUGCACUGCUGUUGUCCCAGUCACAAGCAGUUAUUUUCUUUUCCUUAUUUUUACAAGAUUAAAACCCUUGAAAAUAACUUAUCUCUUGAUAUAACUUUCCAGCUGAUGGUUUGGAAUUCCUUUUCUAGUUAACUUUUCUGGAACUACUCAGUGAAAUGAGAAACAAUCACAGUUUUAAAUAGCUAAAUUAUACCUUUCUAAAAAUUGGACAAAAAAAAAAGUAGAGAUUUAUUAAAGUGCCAAUGAAUGAAUACCUUAGGCACAACAGAAACUGAAAUGUGAUUUAUGGUUCAGUCCCAUGAGUAGAAAGGAUAUAUUGCAGAAUAUAUUUCAUUGAAAGGCCACAGUCACAUCCACAAGUCAAUACUGUCAUUGCUAAUAUUAAUUGUUAUUUUUAUGCCACAUAUAUGUUAGUACAGUAGGACUGCUGUGUACUGUUACUUCUGAAACUCAGGAAGCUAUUAUUGGUUUAAAAUUAAUUUUAUCCUUGUUAGAGAGGAAGUAAGUUAUUUUAAAGAAUCUCACCUUACCCUCUGAGGGCAUGUACAUGUAAUACUGUACAUUUUUCUGAGAUAAUUUAAAAACAUUUCUUUUAGUCGAAUGCUUACCUCUUUUUUUCAGAGUUGGAGAAGCCAGCACUUACCUUGGAAAGUAUUAUAUUUUUUCCCUAAAGUUGUAUCAGAAAGUUAGCUCUGGUUAAAGAAGUUAGUUUUAGAAAGACCCAAAAAACAAAUAUUAAUUAUAUUUUAUUUUGUUUAAUAAGGUAUAUUCUCAAAGGGCAGAUAGUUGGGUAUCUAGAGAAGUGAGCACUUACUAUUUUGUACGUUGUUUUGAGUAAUGGAUGUGUAUUGUAUAAUUUGUGAAUAAAUAGGUUUUUUCUGCAUUUAAA